AUGGCGCUCGGAAAGAAACCCUACCCCAAGGCGACAGUCAAGAAGAUAAUCAAGGCUCAUUCGAAUCACAAUAUUAAGAAGAAUGCCGAUGUUACCAUCUUCCUCGACUACGUCCUAUUCAUGGAAACCCUCGUUAAAGAAGCAGCGAUUCAAUCCAAGCAAUCCGGUGAACAGGGACUUUCUGCGCGCAGCGUCAAGAAGGUGACGAGGGACACCUUGACCAAGUUUAAGGGUUGA